AUGGCCUCGUGGAAGAUCACCAAGAAGUUAAAGGAGACCCAUCUGGGAUCUUGGUCGUCCAACUCCUCAAGGAACACAACGAAUGCUACACCAGAGAAGGAACAGGAAGAGCGACCGGAAAGCUAUGCGUCCGGCGAAGAUGAGAAGAUUACGGCGGAAGCUCUCACCCAAGCCCCCGUCAUCAAGACCUCGAAACCCGGUAUCCUGAUUGUUACUCUCCACGAAGGAAGGGGAUUCUCUUUACCCGAACAGUAUCGUCAUAUUUUUGCAUCUCACAGCCGAUCCACAAGCCAGGCUAGUAGCGUGUCUGGGUCUGUUAGGCCAUCGAACACUCGCCCCCAGACCUCUUCAUCUGGCCUCGGCGAUAUCCCGACGAACCAUGGACGAGUCUCCGGAAAAUACAUGCCAUAUGCCCUCCUCGAUUUCGAUAAGGUGCAGGUCUUUGUCAACUCGAUCGAUGGAAGCCCCGAGAAUCCUACCUGGGCAGGCUCCAACACACAGUACAAGUUCGAUGUGUCCCGCGUGACGCAGCUUACCGUUCAUCUAUAUAUCCGCAACCCAAGUGCACCCCCCAAGUCAGGAAGAAGCCAAGAUAUCUUCAUUGGUGCUCUUCGCGUUGAUGCCCUUGACACGGCCAACUUUGACCCUGAGUUUACAUCCGAGCCGGCACAGGAUUCGUUUGUGGACGAUCCGGUUCUGUCUCAAACUAUGCAAAACCAGUUUGCAGGCUUCAGCUACAGCAGGCCUGUGGAGGGACUGAAUGACGCAGGUGGCAGCAUCAAGGACCCUUCAUUCGUGGCUGGCACCAGAUGA